UCUGUUUGUUUUUAUAUAUAAAAAACGGAAAUCACCACAUUAUCCUCCGCCCCACUACUCUCUCCUCUUCCUUCUUCCAACCCAUUUGGAUUUUGAUCAGAGCUUCCACACAUUUCAUUUCCUUUUGGAGAAGGAGAAUUCAGCCAUCCAUCAAUGGAGUCUUUCAAUUCUACUUCUAGGGCUUUCAAAGCUCUCUUCACCUUCUUCUCUCUCAUCUUCUUCAUUCUUUCUCCACUCGUUGACGCCACACCUGCUCCCGCUCCCGCUCCUUCUAGCGACGGGACUUCCAUUGAUCAGGGGAUUGCGUACGUUCUGAUGCUACUGGCGUUGGUUCUCACGUAUCUAAUUCACCCUCUUGAUGCAUCUUCUUACAAUUUUUUUCUGAAUUGAGUUCUUCUUCCUAGGAUUGUAGCAAUGUAGGCGAUGUUUGUGGACGUUUGAGAAGGAACGAGACCCAACUUUUCUUCUCUCUUUUUGUGAUAAAAUCAAAGUGUAUAUUUGGGUUUCGCAGAUUUUGAUCAAUUGCUCCAUUUAAUUCAUUGUUUAUUCGAUUACUUUCUUUUUAUCA